GCUGUCAAUCCUCCAUCUUUAAAAUAACAAAACAUGUGAGAAUCGAGAAAAUCAAUUCUCACCUUUGUGAAAUAUUUGUCACAUGUUUUGGAUAGUCACUGUCCGUUAGUUAAACUUGACUGGAAAACGUGGGAUAAACUUUAAUUGUCAGAGCAUUUAAAGGGUUGUCAGAGCAUGUUCUUCAUACAGAUCAGACAGACACAGUGUGAAGUGUACAUCGAAAACUUUGGAUAUAUUUAUUUACUAUACACAUUAAUUAUAGUUUCAGACACCAGCAUGCUUGAGCCACGUACAAAUUUGCAGAUUCACAUAAGAGGAGGAUAUCUGGAAGGCAGCCGGGGUCGAUAUACUGCCAAAGAUAAUUUUUCUUGCAUUAACUGUGGAGAAAAGUUUUCUAGCAGAAGAGUAUUAGGCUAUCAUCACAUGAAAUGCCCGUACUACAAAUACGUUCGUCAACCAAACGAACUCAAAGAAUGUAACUGUACGAAAUGUGGGAAGAAGUUUGAAGACAAAGGGCAUUUAAAGUUUCACGUUGACAGAUGUGGAUAUUACGUUGCUAUGCAACGUACAACAGCAGACGACAUUGUGAACGAAGCGAAGAGCGGAAGUAAUCGUCGGGACGGUACUGUUGUCAUGACUACUGAACAAGUCGGAAAGGCUGUGGCUUCAGAUGAAAGCGCUGUCUGUGAAGAUAAGGUUGAAAAUGAAACAGUGAAGAGUGAGGACGAUACAGGUGACAAUGGGGAUGUUGAGGUUAAAGCACACGUUACGGAAGAUUUGAAGAUAUCCAACCGUAAACGGAAAAUUGAAGCCAUGUUCUCGCAUAAAUCUUUCGGAUCCAUAAAGAAACUAAGGGUUGAGCAGAGCGGGGCACCGUUAUAUCAGACAUUAUUUCACGACAUAGAACAAGAGAGUCUUCGAAAUAUGUUUGACAGAGUUUUAGCCAGGGAAAGACCGUACGAAUGCUCCAAGUGUAACGCACAGUUCAAAUAUAAAAACAAAUUCGAGUUUCAUAUGAAAUUCGUUCAUGACGAGUUAGUUGUGACGUCAUUAUGCAGCGAAGAUGCCAAGGAAAUUGCAGUGGGAGACUGUAGUUCAGACAGGUUAGAACGAAACGUUUCAGCAGACGAUCAACUGCGCAUAGACCAGCAGAUAAAGGAGAAGACAAUACUGGGAAAUGACAAAAACAAUAAUGAAAUGAAAACGAGGGUUAGCAACUAUCCUUGCGAAUUCUGUCAUCUAAGCUUUCGUUAUCAUUCACGACGUGAACGACACGUAAAGAGUGUUCAUAAAAAGCAGCCGGAACAAGUGGAGUUUUGGAACAUAUUUAGCUGUACCCAUUGCCCAGAAAGAUUCCCAGACAAGCGCUCCCUGUUGAAACAUUACGCUUGUGCCCAUUUGAAUAACCGGAACAGUCCGCCAGAAAUCAGUUUUGAGAAAAAUAAUCACGAAAACUUCACGAAAGGUUUUAACGUCAGUGACGUCAUGCAACAUUUAAGACGUAAUCUCCUAUGUCUCCAAGAUGGUACAAGUAUGAACACAGAACGAGAUUAUAAGGCCAGGUAUCCCAAAUCAGAUUUGCCAGACAACUUCCGGUAUAGGAACGCUGACAUGAACAGAAACAUAGAAAACAUGGCAUCACGUGACAGUGACCGGAAAUAUGACAAACCGGAACAUGAGAUCAACAAUGAGAAACGUUGCAUAACCGCACGUAAACGGACAUUUAAUGUCCAACAUCAUCAUUCUUCAAAUGAAAUAAAAAGCAUAAAUGUAUGCAAAGAAACAAUAACAACGAGUUCACCAGAAGGACAAAAGGUUGAUGGGAUUGACACUCCUUUAGAUCUUUCCCUCAAAGUUAAAAAUAAAGUGGAAGACGUCACUCCUGACAAUAUUAAAAACAAUAAGACAUUCGCUGCCAACAAGCCUGUGGCUUCCGAGAGAGCUCUGCUUUUGGAAUACUACAACGAUUUCCUACAGGAGUAUUGUUUGAGUUAACAUUUGCAAUAUCAACUUCUACAAUGAAAGCCUGGUACUUUGUCAAUGGUGAAAUUUGCAGCAAUAUAUCUACAAAUACCUGUACAUAAAUAAUCUUUGAAAGUAAGAAAAAAUGAUGUGCAAUUGUUUACAUUUUGUUGUUUCUUCACAUUAUUGUAUCUUGUACUUGCGUUCGUCUUGUAUAAAUAAAUGAUAGAUAUAACAUAUUGUCUCCUUGUGUU